AUCAUCAUAUCCACGGCGGAGCUAGCUAGCGGCGUUUCCAUCAUGGCAAGUGGCGGAGCUAACACUAGUCGAGAAGUUGUUCAGUUUCAGUUGAGUCCCUCCACCACUUUGCUCAAAAUUCUUCGGGGCAACAUCGCUCAGUGGUCAUUCGACGGAUCUUCCGACGCCAUUGUCGAUCCUACUAAUGAGAGAAUGCUCGGGGGAGGUGGCGAAGAUGGAGCCAUACAUCGAGCUGCUGGUCCACAGCUAAGAGAAGCCUGCUAUAAAGUCCCUGAAGCACGCCCUGGAAUCCGUUGUCCCACAGGCGAAGCAAGGAUUCUUCCAGGUUUUAAGUUAGCAGCAUCUCAUGUGAUUCUCACUGUUGGACCUAUAUAUGCUUCCCACCCAGAUCCUAAAUCCGCACUGCAAAGUUCAUAUAGAAACUGCUUGCGUUUAGCUAAAGAAAACAACAUCCAAUACCUUGCCUUUCCUGCGAUAUCAUGUGCAUACUAUGGGUAUCCAUUUGCUGAGGCUUCAAAGAUUGCCGUGUCAACUGUAAAAGAACAUGGAAGUGACUUCAAAGAGGUUCACUUUGUUCUGUUCUCAGAUGAAGGUUAUGAUGCAUGGGUGAAGGCUGCAAAUGAGCUUAUUCUGCAGAACUGAUCUGAUAUAUAUAUGGCUCAGAUUAUAUUGUUGAGGACUUAAGGAUGCUGGAUAUGACAAUAUAUAUAUGAUGAAAUAAAGAAGAUGAGAGAGAGGAUAUAUAGCUUUCUUCUACUCCGAAUAAUAACGUAGUUUCAAUAAGUUGUUUUGAUCUGAUAUGCAUGUUGAAAUGAUCACAACAACCUUGAAAUUAAAAGGA